AACGUUUUUUUUUUUUUUUGUUUCAUAAAAUUAACUAUGGCCAUUGAAUUUGGAAUUAAUCUUUUCUUUCCUCUAAUCCCUUUUCUUCUGCCUUUUCUAUUAUGUCAUUUAAUCUUUAAACACUUGAAACCUAAAAAUCCACCACUUCCUCCUGGUCCAUAUCCCUGGCCAAUCUUAGGCAACAUUCUUCAAAUAGGGAAAAAACCCCAUCUAGCUCUAACCCGUUUUGCUAAUAUAUAUGGGCCUCUUUUUUCACUUAAACUUGGAACCCAGAUUGUAAUUGUAGGAUCAUCAGAAGCAGCUGCCAUGGAGAUUCUGAAAACCCAUGAUAAAAUUUUAUCAGGAAGAUAUAUUCCUCAUGUGGCUCCAACAAAUAAAAGUCCAGAACUUAAAAAUCUUUCACUUGGAUGGACUUUGGAGUGCAAUGAUAAAUGGAAGUAUCUUCGUACCAUAUGUAAAAGUGAGCUUUUCUCUGCUAAAGCAUUGGAGGCUCAACAAUGUAAAAGAGAAGAAAAGGUAAUGGAAAUGAUUGGUUUUAUUAAGGAAAUGGAAGGGAAGGAAGUGAAAGUUAGAGAAGUAGCUAUGGUUACUGUUUUUAAUAUGUUAAGUAGUAUUAUGGUGUCAAAGGAUCUUAUGAGCUUGGAUAAACAAGAAAAUGGAGAUGGAGAAAUGGGUUUGCUUCUUGAAAAAAUAUUAGAGUUGGCUUCUACACCUAACAUUUCUGAUCUAUAUCCAAUCUUGGGAAGAUUUGAUUUACAAGGAUUGCAAAAGAAAAUUAUGGAAUUGCAUGGGAGGUUUUUCGAGAUUUGUGAAGGAAUUGUUGAAGAAAGAAGAGAAGAGAAAAGAAGAGGAUCAAUUCUUGGUUCAAAUCAAAGAGACUUUAUUGAUACUCUCAUUGAUAAUGGUUCCAGCAAUGACCAAAUCAAUGUUCUGCUUGUGGAGCUCCUAUCUGCUAGCACAGACACAAGUAGCACAACCAUUGAAUGGACAAUGGCAGAACUGAUAAGGAAUCCAGAAUGCAUGAAGAAAGUUAAAGAAGAAAUCACAAAGAAACUAACUCAACAAAUAAUCACAAUAAAAGAAUCUCAUAUACCACAAUUACCAUAUCUUCAAGCUUGUGUUAAAGAAACCCUAAGAUUGCACCCUCCAGGACCAUUUCUUCUUCCUCAUAGAGCCACUGAUACAUGCCAACUCAUGAACUAUACAAUUCCAAAGAACUCCCAAGUGUUGGUAAAUUUUUGGGCAAUUGGAAGAGAUCCCACGAAUUGGGAAAAUCCAUCAGUGUUUAAUCCAGAAAGGUUUCUUGAUUUAAACUUGGAUUUUAAAGGCAAUGAUUUUGGGUUUAUACCUUUUGGGUCUGGAAGGAGAAUUUGCCCUGGUCUUCCAAUGGCUGCAAAGCAGGUUCCACUGAUAAUUGCUUCUUUGGUUCAUUUCUUUAAUUGGUCUCUCCCAAAUGGAAAAGAUUUUACUGAUUUAAAUAUGGCUGAGAAUUUUGGUUUAACUUUGAGGAUUGAACAACCAUUAAUUCUCAUUCCCAAAAUUAAAGGAUGAGAGAGAGGUAAGUCCAGACAAUAAGUUUCCCUUAGCUUGUAUGUUAAUGCUAUUUCCUUUCUUUUAAGUUAUUGUAAUAAUCUUUUUUCUUUAUGACUAUUAUACAGUUUGUAAGUUUAUAUUUACUCUUCCACCUUAAUUCCUAUCUCGAGGCAGAGUAAUUAUAACUCCAGUUCUGUAGAAAUAGAUUUGAAGCAUAAUUUUUUU